AUGGGCACCACGAUGGAAGAGAUUGCCGACAUUGUUCGCGAAAUCGGCCGGCAGCAGACCGAGAAUUUAUACUACCGUACCUGUUACGGAUUUCUCAAGCAAUUACAAGACCUCGUGGCUCAAGCAUCUGACGACCUGCUUUGCCUCCAACAAUACGAAACACUAUAUCCCUCUAAUGACUUUCUGCCUAUCCACCAUAUUGCCAUAGAGCUACGAAGCUCGGUAGAAAAGUUGUCAAAGCAAGAAGACAAGGCCCGUAUAGCGUGGGAGAACGUCCGAUCUACCGAGUGCACUAGCCGACAACUCUAG